CUGUUUGCUAUCCAUACAUUUUCUUUACAUGGCUGAUCACUCUCUUUCUUCUGCAGUCUUGUUUCUCCAGCCAACCGGAGAGAGAGAGAGAGAGACAGACAGACCACCCUACUAAACAAAGCUUAAUAAUCAUUUAAUGGUUGUUUUUUUUAUUCAAUCAUUUCUUGGCUGACAUUGAUUUUCACGACGAAUCUCCACCGACCUAAUCGAUUGAAUAUAUAUUCUUGGCAGAGCGAGAUAUAUACAGUUAGCCGUCAGGAUCCGGACAGUGAUUAUUUCAUGUAAGAAACGGAUUGGAUACAUAGCCUCCCAUUCUAAAUCACCUGGAUAUCUCAACAAUCUAUUUAAUUAGUAGCACAGAGUUGUGUGUGUGUCGGCAAGGAAUUGGAAAAUGACGAGCAUCAAUCCGCAAACCAACGGCGGCUUGGGCUUGAGAGAGUGGGAGCUGAGGCCCGGCGGAAUGCUGGUCCAGAAACGCACCGACGCCGACCAAAACCGCGUGCCGCCGCCCACCAUCCGCGUCCGGGUGAAAUACGCUUCGAUUUAUCACGAAAUCCAUAUCAGCUCACAAGCCACAUUCGGGGAGUUGAAGAAGAUGCUGACGGGGCGGACGGGGCUGCACCACGAGGAUCAGAAGCUGGUAUUCAAGGAGAAAGAGCGAGAUUCCAAGGCAUUUCUGGACACUGCGGGCGUUAAGGACAAAUCGAAGAUGGUGUUGGAGGAGGAUCCCAUUAGCCAAGAGAAGAGGUAUUUGGAGAUGAGGAAGACCGCCAUUUUCGAAAAGGCUGCUAAAAUUGUCUCCCAGAUCAGCUUAGACCUCGAUCGGCUUGCUGCCCAGGUUUCAGACCUGGAAUCUGCGAUUUCUAGAGGUGGGAAGGUGGCUGAGAAGGAUGUGGUGAGUCUGGUGGAGUUGCUGAUGAACGAGUUGCUCAAAUUGGAGAGCAUCACUGCUGAUGGUGAUGUCAAACUACAGAAGAAAAUGCAGGUGAGGAGAGUGCACAAGUAUGUGGAAGCUCUUGAUUUGAUGAAGAUGAAGCUAGUGGCUGUGCAGCAACAGCAAGCGGUGGUGAUCACCACGCACUGGGAGACGUUCGACUCGAUUCCAACGACAUCGAAACAAGGCCAGGAGGGGCAACCUAGUAAUUUCACAUGGAAUUUGCUUUGAGUAGAGACUUGUGUGCUUGCUUUCUAUCAACUCUCCUAUUCUUUUGUGUAUUUCAUGUGUCCUUGUGAGACUACUAUUGUUACGUUGUUAAUUGCUCUCAUAAUCACUUCUAAGUUGAACCUUCUUAGAUAUAAUAUCGUGUUUAAGUCAA